AUGUCCACCCGACGCUCACACCCCAAAUCACGCAAGGGGUGCAUCACUUGCAAGACCCGGCACGUCAAGUGCGACGAGCAGGGCCCGCCAUGCGGACGGUGCCAGGCCAGAGGAACCAAAUGCCAAUACGCGAGCCCCAAUAAUCAGCAAGCUGACUCUCCCACUACGGCGAUUACACGCAGCACCGCUGAGUCAAGUACACUUAGUACAACUGAUUCCAAUAAGAGAAACACGGUGGUGUUUCCCGCUACCCGCCACCUCCUUGAGCUACAGCUGAUGCACCGCUGGUCCGCAUUGACGUACAAGAGCUGCCUUACCCCUGGCUCCGACGAUGACGAUGUAUGGCAGUUCAUGGUGCCUGGGCUAGCCAUACAACAUGAUUACCUACUCUACGGAAUAUUUGCUCUCUCUGCAUUUGAGACGGCGAGGAUUGCCAAGACUCCUGAUGCACAGAUGUAUAUCAAUGCAGCCGUCGAGUAUCACGGGCGGGCACUCAGCCGGUUUCAAUUACAGCUACCGUCCAUCGACGCUAAAACUCACGAGGCUGCGCUUUGCAUGUCACUCAUGCUGCUGUGUUUGGCUGUUGCAUCCGCGCAAGUAUCACCCAGUCAAGAAAAGGGCGAACAGGGGCGUAUGGUAGAGGCUGUUGUAUCCCACUUUGGACUGCUGCGCGGCUGUAUACCAAUCCUCAACAUCGAUCCAGGAUAUGCUUCGAGGAAUGUGCACAUUCAGAAAUUGACACUCUUUGAGGAUCUACCUCGAAUUCCAAUGGGCCCCGAGCUAGAAGCAAACCUGUCAAAGCUAAACGAUCUUAAUGACAAGAGAAUCACAACGACAGUCCAUGAUUCGGAUGAGCGAAGAGUGCAGCAAGUCGCCUACUGGGAUUCAUGCAAGAAGGCUCUCGCUAUCCUCCGAGAAUGCUACGAGAAAUGCGUGGACGAUCUAUCGAAAGGGUACGCUCUCGGCUGGCCAAACCUGGCAGGUGAAGAAUACAUGCGGUCGAUAGAAGAGAAGGACUCUGUUUCCUUCGCUAUUCUCAUGUACUGGGGAGUGUUGGCGCAUAAACUUGGUCACCAGGUCUGGUGGGCGGAGGACUUCGGGAGUUUAUUAGUUGAAGAAGUGGCAAAGACUCUCGCAGUGUCUGAGGAUGGUGCGCAGUAUAAAGAUGUAAUUGAGUGCGCGCAACUCCUCGUCAAGGAAGAACGAUGA